AUGAUAAGUGAUACGUUUGAUAUUUUGGGUGAUAAUUCACAAUCUCCAAAUAGAAAGAAACGCCUACGGGAAGAGACAAGCGACGACAAAGAAGCAGUUGAAAAAAGAAAGAAACUGCCGAAAAACGUCGAUCAAUCUACUCCUAAGGAGGAGAGUUGUGCUGAUAAACCCAAGACUGAGUUUGUGGCGGUUUGCUACACUUCUAAAAAGCCUGGAUGCUCGACCUUUUAUCUUGGGCAGAUUGUUGACCGGGAAGACCAGUUAGUAUCGGUCAACUUUCUGCAAAAGGUAAAGGGUGGAAGAGGUUACAUCUGGCCUAAAAAAAUUGAAAAAGAAGACGUCUAUGACCACCAGAUAUUUGCGUCAGGUCUAACAGCUAGAGUAGAAGAAAAUAUUUUUAGUUUUGAUGAAGGGGCUUUUCAGGAAGCCUUCGAGGAAUGCUGCCAAAACCUGAUUAAAAUAGAACGUAAAAUGAAGAUUGAAUCAGUAUGGGAAGAGACGGGUACUCCGUAUUGGAAAAUUGGCCCAGUCUCCUGGAAGGAUUUCAAGACGCUACAAUUGGACAUGCUGGAAGUUCAAGAGACGCAAAUGAAAAUCACUCUCGGCAUGUCUGAAUCCGGAUGGGAAGUGGGCUAUGUAAUUGAUGAGGUACAUAUAUGCCAUAUUUGUAAUGUAUUCAUCACGCUAAACACAAUCAUUAUGUUUCAACCAUUUUUUUCUUGAUGAUUAUUUUCAUACAAAUCUCAAAAAUAUGU